CUGGUGACAGCAUAGGUGACAGCUCUGCUCCUCUGUGCUGAGCCCCUCUGUCACUGGAGGCUGUAGGAUCGACCCUACUGGCUGGUUGUCAGCAGGGGACAAGGAGUCCCCUUCAGUCCCCUUCAGAGCUGUGCUGGGGCUUUUGUUUGUGUGCUGGAAAUACCAGAUUGUUCCUUUUGGUGACUACAGACCCUGCUGGGGAAAUGUGCCCUGAAGGUGAGCGUGUGGGGCUGAGCAGCAAAACAGAGCCAGUGCAUGCACAGUUUCUGUUUGGGCAGCUUUGGUGCAGCCCCUUCUGGUCAUUCAGGUUUUGGCUCUUAUGGAGAUGAAUCUUGAGAUCUUGGGCUGGAAUACACGUGCAAAAGUUGGUGGUGGUUGAAAUGCUGACGUGUUUUCCCUGGGUGAAUUGACAGACCUGCAGCCCCAGUGUUCCUGCACAGGGUUUCACCAAGGGUCUGGUUUGCUCUGCCAAAUUCACACCCUUGUCAUUGGGAUGGGAGCUUAGGAAAGUCCUGGGAUCAGUGGAGCCCCAUGGCCAAAGGCUGCCCAGGCACAGGCCUGGCUCUGUGGUUGUUGAUGUGUGCUGGGAAGUGUUGUUCCUGGGGUUGGCUCCUGCUUUCCCCUGGCUUUGGCAGCAGCUGGAGGAGGGUGCUGGACACCAGGAGCUGCUGCUGCCAAAGGAGGUUUGGCUAAAAGCUUGUGGCUCUUACAAAAGGCUCUGCUGGUCCCAUCAGGGCUGCUCUUGUGUCUUCUGCUCCUCCUGCUAGUGAUGCUGUUGAGUAAGCUGGAGGUUUAGCAUCUCCACUUCUGGCUGCUGACAGCUCCUGCUGAUAUCUUUGCACCUUGCUGUUUCUGCUCUCCUUGGGAGCCAGCUGCUCUCCUGUUCUGCCCUCUCCAUCACUCCAGCUCUGAACAGGAGCCUCACAGAGGGGAAGAAGGGCUAUUUCUGCUCUUAGGGUAACCUGGGCACUCCUUUGGGGUGGGACUCAGCGUCCUACACUCCCCUCCAUGCUCCUCCAUUGAGAUGCAAGACCCAGUGAAGCCCUGUUCCCAACGUCCUGGAGGAAGCCAUAAAGCCUGGCUGCAGACAGCCACACAAUGGCACCUGGGGAGCAGGGGCUCAGAGUUCAGCCCAGGAGUGCAUGAGCUGGGGAAGGAACUGAAACAAGAGUGGGUUUCCUUGGGAAACUGCUGCUGGCAUUCCUUGUUCCUGGCCAGAAAUAGCCACUUGCCCCCAUGCAGGGGAAAGGGAAAGGACGUGCACGAGGGAUGGGGGCUGAUGGAGGGCGGAAAGCUCAGGGCUGGAGGCAGAGGCGGGUUCAGGAAGCCUGAGCUGAGUCUGUAUUUACUGCUUGCACCCGUCUGUGAGGCAGCAAACCCCUCAGGCCCCAGACAGAAGCCGGUCUCAGGGGAUGAGGAUGAGUCCUCAGCAGCCCUGGAGCUGCUGUCGGGGUGGGGAGCAAUGCUGGCUGUGCUUUAGCAGGUGUUUCCUGGUGCAGAGGAGCUGGAUGGAGGCUGGGAACAGGAGCAGAGCUGUAGGCUCAGUGUCCAGGCAGGAUUCUGCACGUGAACCACGUCCCCAUGUACUCCACAGAGCCUCGUGUGCCGUGGUGUUCAUGGCAGCGUGGUGCCUUGUAGGACCAAGGAUGCAGCCACAGUGACCCCAGUGAUGGCAGGACCUGAAUUCCACGUCCCUGGGCUGGUGCUGGAGCUGCUGGGCUGCCGGCCUCAGUGGGUUGAGUGCUGCCAGGUGUGGGGAGCUCUGCUUCAUUCAUAAAUCGUGUGGGUGUUUCCUCGUGGAGCCUUGCUCCUCUAGCUGGAAGGGAGCUGGAAACCCAAGCGUUUGGAGGGCACUUGAACCAUUGUUUGAAAGAUCUGUAAUUUUCCAAUCAAACUCCCUCCUUGAGCCUCUGUUCAUCAAAUAUUCAGAGGAUCCAUUUUCUCCUGGCACUUCCAGCCCACGUCUCAGCCUGAAGAAUCAAUCAGGCAGCUCUGCUUGUUCUAAUGCAUCCUGCAUUUUUUUUCGGGAGCCUGGGGCUGCCAUCUCCUCCUCCCACCUCAUCUCCUCCCAAAGCAGCCACUCGGGAUGGGGCUGUGCAGGCAGUGGAGCUGGUGUGGCUCAAAGCAAGCAGCUGGGGGCCCUGGCAUCCCCUUUCUGCUGCUUGCUCCCAAGCAAAGCUUUAUCCAUUCCCUCCUGACCUGCUGGGAGGGAUUUGCCUUUACUGUCGUUCAUUGCUGGACUUGGGCUGUCCCUCUGAUCUGCACCCCGCUGUGAGCAGCAGCACAUCAGGGCAGGGGUUGUAGUUUCCCAGCAGCAGCAGCACUCUGGACCCAAUUUCUCUGGGGUCUGGCUUUUGGCACAGGAACAGCAGUGUAAAUCAGUGCUGCUCCACCUAUUGCCACCCGUGCUGCCACCAGCUGUACUGGGGCCCAUCUUCCCAGAGCUGCAGGAUGGAGUUUGGCUUGGAAUGAGCCCUCUCCCUUCCUUCUCUUCUGUCUCGGAGCUGAGCUGGUGGGAAUGGAGCAGAGGUCGGGGGGUGGAGGAGCAGCUUGAAACGGCUCUUCACACAUUUGGAUGAGCUAAUGGGAAAAAAAUAGAGGAAGGCAAAUAAACAUUAUUGUUUCAUGUCAGGCGGGGAGGAGACAAAAGGUCAUGGGCUUCCCUUGUGAUGGGAGGAAACAGCGGCAUCAGCAGGGCUGGAAAGAGCUGGAGAGCCCAGGGAGGGAGCACGGGGUGUGCAUGGGGUGCGUGUGCGUUCACAUGUGGGUGUGCAGCUCCAUCCAAGGGCUGCUGCUGCAGGUGUGAGUUCCUGGGGCUCGGUCCCUCCUGCAUCCCGUCGACCUCACCUCUCUGCCACAGCCACGCAGAGCAUCAACAGCUUGAGGAGCUGCCCUGGGAUCGGCGGAGCUGAGACCUGAAUGCACCGGGCAGAAAAGCAUGAAUCUGUUUGCAGGAGCUCACGAGACCCGGGCUGUGGAGGCCAACACGCUUCAGCAGGAGAGGCUGCAGGCCAUCGCGGAGAAGCGAAAACGUCAGACAGAGAUUGAGAACAAAAGGAGGCAGCUGGAAGAUGACCGGCGGCAGCUGCAGCAUCUCAAGUCCAAGGCUCUGCGGGAGAGAUGGCUGCUGGAGGGAGCCCUGUCCUCUGCCUCCGAGGAGGAUGAGGCGAUGAAGAAGCAGAUGCAGGAGGAUGAGGUGAAGACCAAGGAGCUGGAGGAAACCAUCCAGAGGCUGGAGAGGGAGUUGGAGUCACUGGAGAACAGCAGCUCUGCUACAUCCACCAAGGAGAACCUGGCUGAAGUGGUGGCACCAACAAAGGAGGAGAAGGCAGAGAACAUCCCCAGCGUGCAGAAGAGUCCCCUGGGCACAGCCAUAGCUGAGAAGAAGGUCUCCAGCAGCCCCAUGAAGGCGGUGCAAGGCGCUGACAUGAUGAAGGCAGCCAUGUACUCAGUGGAGAUCACGGUGGAGAAGGACAGAGUGACUGGGGAGACCAAAGUCCUGUCCAGCACCACGCUUCUCCCCCAGAACCACUGUGUGCAAGGGAUCAAAGUAUACGAGGAUGAGCUAAAAGUGGUGCACGCGGUGAGUGCUGAGGACGGAGCUCUGCAGAACGGGGCGCAGCCUCUCAGCUCCUCCGAGGUGGAUGAACUUCUGCACAAGGCAGAUGAGGUGACCCUGGGUGAGGCCACGGCGAGCGGGGAGGCUCCAGGCAGUGCCACAUCCAGCCAGAAGGCAACGCCACGGAGGGAGAUCACGGGGCUGCAGGCGAAGCCGAGGGAAAACUCCACAGAAGGAGCGGAGCCGAGCCGGGAACAGCCAGUCACCAUGAUCUUCAUGGGCUACCAGAACGUGGAGGAUGAGAACGAGACCAAGAAAGUGCUGGGGUUGGAGGGUACCAUCAAAGCCGAGCUGGUGGUGAUCGAGGACGCCGAGAGCAAGCCAGAGCCGGAGAGCAAGGACCACGCACCGCCCAACGGCACCGCGCUGGAGCCGGCGGCCGCCCCGCUGCAGGGGGACGAAGUGCCAGGCGGGCAGAAACCGGACACCAACGCCACGGAAGCCAAGGAGGCUGAGCCAGACAUGGACGCGAAGAAGCAGCGCUGCAAAUGCUGCACGGUGAUGUGAACCCCCCCCCCCCCCCGCCGA